AUGGCGAGUGCAAGAAGGUGGUCAAGGCUGUUUGCCAUCUCGGCCUUUGUCUGCCUCCUGGUGGUACACCCUGCUGCCAUGGUGAGCGGCCUCAGGAGAGAGGACAUGGUCCUCGGCCGUGAUCGGGCGCCGACGCCGGCGGAGGCGCCCGCCGCAUCGACAGGGAAGCGGUUCGCGACGGCGACGGCCGUCGGCGCGGCGCAGAUGAGCAAGUGGAGGAGGUGGAUGUACAUGUCGCUGAACUCCUGUGAGGAAUGUGCAGGCGUAGUUGGUGCAUGA